AAUGUCAAAAAGCGGAUAUUUUUUUAAAUCGCGCCGAAUGAUAUCGCUGUUAGGAUGAAAUCUUGUUGAUCGUAUUUUUCAAACAGAAAAAUGUUUAAUAAAGUGUUCCAACGUGCCCUAAAGUUUAGAUUAAAGAAGAGUUAUCCUACGAAUAUAUACGAUAUAUCUAGAGGUGCUGCUGUCGCUGUACGUAGGCCUUAUAGUGAUGAAGUGAAACGCGCGCAAAACGCAGAUGUAUCUUCAACUGGUCCCACGAUAUUCGAUAAAAUAAUUUCAAAAGAGAUUAAAGCGGACAUAAUAUACGAGGAUGAACUGUGCUUGGCGUUUAAUGAUAUCGCUCCGCAGGCCCCUGUGCACUUUCUCGUGAUACCAAAGCGUAGAAUUACUCGUUUACAGGACUCGGAAACCGCUGACAGAGAGCUCCUGGGUCACCUAAUGUUAGUUGCUCGGUCUCUCGGUGCUGCGCGUGCGCCGCAAGGCUGGCGUCUCGUGGUGAACAACGGAGUCCACGGAGCCCAAAGCGUCUACCACCUACACUUGCACGUGCUUGGUGGUAGACAAUUGAAAUGGCCACCGGGGUAAAUAUACUGGAGUGAAAACGGGGGGUGGGGUAAUGUUGGUGGAAAUGUAUUGUCCUGGCGUUAACAGUGAAAUUUAAAUAAUGUUCCAAAAUUGAAAAUAUAAAGGGGUUUCGAUAACUCCCGUUUAGAAAUCAAUUAGUAUUUUCUGAAAGUAUAUUUUGCAGAGUCACUAACAUUAGAAAAUUAUUCAAGCUGAAAUUAUUAACGAUAUAUAUAAUUUAAAAUGUUCAGUAGGUGAAUAGAUAAUGAAACAUUAUACAAUUCAUUAUUCCAAAAAAGUAAUUAUUCUAUAUAAUUAAUCGGCACAAAUUAAUCUAACAAAGUAUUAGGCCCCUUGUCGAAUGGUUGAUUUCGACUUAAGAGAGUAGGUACUCGACGCACAAGUGCCAAGCCAAGCCACGUACGGAGGCCUCGCUCUUUAAAAAAAUAAGUUAAAUUGGAAUCAUUUUUUGUUUCUUUUCGAAUAUUUCGCCUUUUUAUUAUUGUUAAAUUAAAUAAUGGUCAUUAUUUACAUAUGUAAAUAAAGUAAAAAUAAUCAAAAACGAAUGUACGAAAAGCGUGAGGCCCUUUUAUAUAUAUAUAUAUAUAUAUUUUUUUUUUUAUAGAAUAGGAAGGUGGACGAGCAUAUGGGCCACCUGAUGGUAAGUGGUCACCAAACGCCCUUAGACAUUGGCAUUGUAAGAAAUAUCAACCAUCGCUUAUAGCCAAUGCGCCACCAACCUUGGGAACUAAGAUUUUAUGUCCCUUGUGCCUUUAAUUACACUGGCUCACUCACCUUUCAAACCGGAACACAACAAUAUCAAGUAUUGCUGUUUUGCGGUAGAAUAUCUGAUGAGUGGGUGGUACCUACCCGACGAGCUUGCACAAAGCCCUACCACCAGUAUAUAUUUGCCGGGGGCCUUCAAGUUAAAUCUGAACCAAUGUAAUAUGAUAUUUAUUCAAUCAAAUAGUGUUAACUCUAUGUUAGAAUAGAAUUUAAUCACUACGAAAACAGUUUUAUAUAUUUAAAUAUAUAUAUAUAUAUAU